CAAAUAAAGGGGUCAGUGGUGGUCACAGGGCAGCUCAGCUCACACGAACACACGGGCCAACGAACUGUUCUCCACGCACUCACGCUCGCUCGCUCUUUAUAACUUUUUCUGAUGAAUCUCCCUCUUUAUGUCUCGUCUAAUUUAGUCGCCUGUAAAACUCCACCAUCAGACCCCAAUAAAGAGGGUGAGAGAGGUCGGAGAUGGAUCCAGGGAGUGGGAGAGAUAUUGGGGCUUCGAACUUGGGAGUAGAGUAAAAUUUUUUCCACUAAAAAAUUAUCCGGCGAUCUGACACGUUUCGCAUGUCUCCAAUGGCAACGUAGAAUUUCGGAACACGUGGUUCCAAAGGUUCGUUGUCUCGAUUCAUGGACAGUUUAUAUUCAACUUCUAACUUCACUCGCGCAGAGAGCGUGAGCCGUGAGCGAGAGCGAGAGCUAGAUUGGAAGCGAUGGAGAGAGCUCACCGAGUGAGAGAGAGAAAGAGAGAGAGCUUUGCAGUGUGUUGAUCAUCGGAGAAAGCCGUCGCCUCUCGUUUGUUUAUCGCCGGAAAACUUCAGAUUCCUACUGAAUGGCUAUUGUGAAGUCGCCGGAGUCGCUACCGCCUGGCUGGAUUGAGGAGUCUAAGGAGCGACCGAACGGCAAGAUGGAUUCGACUGGUGAGAAGUGUCGUUCCAAGAUCGAAGUUGCUCGCCAUACUAAAUCUGGAAAUCUCUGCAAUCACAUGCCUCGAAAAAUUAAAAGAUGUAAAAGUGACAAUGAGAAGCAAGUUGUGCAAAUGGAAGAUGUACCCAAUUGGUUACCCACUGACUGGCGUGUGGUGAUCCAAACCAGAAAGAGUGGUAAUAGAGUUGGACAAAACUACAAGUGUUACAUUGCUCCAAUCACUGGAUUCAAAUUGUAUUCCAAGAGACAGGUCUUCAGCUAUCUCAAGACUGGGAAGUUACGUUGUCAUGUGUCUGAACCAAACGAACGGGACAUUGGAAUGCAUUCUUCCGAAUCUGCAAGCAAAGUUGUAGUGGAGAAGAAUACAGAAGAGGGGUUGCCUCCGGGAUGGAUUAAGGAAAUCAAGGUUACACAACUGGGAAAUCGAACCAGAAAAGACCCGUAUUACAUUGAUUCUGGAACUGGAUAUGAAUUCCGCUCCAAAAAGGAUGUGUUUCGCUAUCUCGAAUCUGGUGAUGUUCGGAAGUGUAAAAUCAGACCAAAGAAAAGGCAAAUAAGUGGCAUGGUGUCUACUGAUGGAGAGAUCUUUCCACCUACUGCAGCAAAAAGGCAUAAAAUAGCGGGCAAUGUAACAAGGAGAUGCCUCUUCACUUGUCAGAGCUCAAGAUCAAAUAAAGCAGUGGAGCAUGAACUGGUCCUGGAAUCCUCCGUGGUGGAAGAAUGCUCACCACUAUCAGUUGUUGCUUUAGAUGGGGAAAGCUCUCAAAUGCUUAUUGAAGCUCACCAAGAAUCUGAAGGCAUAAAGAAUGUAGAAGGGAAACUGGUCUGUGCUGAAAAUGGGUGCAUGUCAGCUUCUGGGGCUGAGGUAUCUCCAGAGAGGGUGUCCAUGAAAGAUCUCAAUUGUACGGAGAGGGAAAGCUCUAAAUUGAUUAGUAAAGCCCAAGAAUCUGGAGGCUUAGAGAAUAUGGAAGGGAAGAUGGGCUGUGCUGAAAAAAGUCUUAUUUCAGAUCCUGCAGCAGAUGUCAGUCCAGGGAAAAAGGCUUCAGAGAAGCCACACGAUGCGUAUAGGGAAAGUUCUGAACUGAAUAGUGCAGUCCAAGAAUCUAGAGGCUUAGAGAAUACAGAAGAGAAGAUGGUAUGUGCUGAAAAAGAUAUUAUUUUAGCUCCUGCAGCAGAUGUCUCUCCAGAGGAGCAGCCUUCAGAGAAAUCACAUCCUGUCAACAGGGAAAGCUCAGAACUGUUUAGUGUAGCCCAACAAGAAUCUGAAGGCUUAGUCUAUGCCAAAAAUGGGUGUAUUUCAGCUUCCUCAGGGAAGCUUUCUCCAGAGAAGCAGCUCUUAGAGAAAAGUCUUGGAAAGCAUAAAAAAAAGAACCAGCUUCGCACAAGAAAUUCCCAAGAUGGAAAAGAACUCCCCGUGCAUCGUCGAGCUUCAAAACGCCUUGCUGGGCUCCGGGCUGAGUUAGCACCAAAUUUGGAAAUAUCUGAACGGUCUCUUCGAAUGGUGGCUAAGCAGUCUGUAAACCUGGAAGCAAAUCCAGCCACAGUUGUCGACCCAAGUAUUUGCAAUCAUCAGGAAUCUAUGCAAGAGGAUGUAGCUAGAGUAGUAACCACACCUCACGAUUCCAGAGAUUCGGCAGUGCUGUUAGAUGAAAAUCUAUCCAAGGAAGGUGGCAAGCCUCCUGGGGACCAAGCUGAUCUGGAGGAACUCGUAAGAAAGCUUGAAAGUGAGAAACAAUCCACGGAGAAGCCAGAGUCACCACUUGUCUUGCCUUUUGGGGACUCAUGGCCAGAUCCCUGCCUCGAAUUUGCAUUCAAGACACUUACAGGUGCGAUUCCCAUGGAUAAUCUAGUUAUUGGGGAAUACUUCCAACAACAUCUCAGCAAGGGUCAGGAUCAGAGCAGAAGUAGCUUUACAUUGCCAGAUCUUGGCUCAGAUGGCUCUCGUCAAUCUGAUAUUAUGUUCCAGUUUGGAACAGCAGAGAAACCUACAGCCAAACAGCAGUCUCCAGGGAAGCCAAAAUAUUAGGCUAGGUAAAUCCAUGGUAAAUGGACUCUGUAAAAUAGAUGGUCAAGUACUGUUUUGGGUACACCGCUUAUCUUUUGCCCUUUUUUGUUCAUCAGUCGAAGGUAUUAACCUCUAUAGACAGAAGUUUAAUCUUAUAAAUAUCCUCACUAUGGUAGGUUGACCCAUUUGUUUGGGGGA